CCGGAAGAGGAAGUGAUCACACAAUAACUCGUGACGUCAUUCACCACGGAAACAUCCGGAAAAGAAGGGUGAACGAUCUGGUCCCGGACUUGAUGAAAAAGGAGAAACCGGAGACCAGGAGGAGCUGCAGACUGACAAGAAAUCGAUAAUGUUCAGUGACAUGGAUUUUGAAAUAGAAGAAGAUAAAUUGGGUAUUCCAACUGUGCCUGGGACUGUGACACUGAAAAAGGAUUCUCAGAAUUUAAUUGGGAUCAGCAUUGGAGGAGGAGCUCAGUACUGUCCCUGUUUAUACAUUGUGCAGGUAUUUGACAACACUCCGGCUGCUCUGGACGGAACGCUGGCCGCAGGCGAUGAAAUUGUCGGAGUGACCGGGAAAUCGGUGAAGGGGAAAACUAAAGUCGAGGUGGCCAAGAUGAUUCAAGCUGUGAAGGGAGAAGUUACAAUUCACUACAAUAAACUCCAGGCCGAUCCUAAGCAAGGCAAAACUUUGGAUAUUGUUCUGAAGAAAGUGAAACACCGGCUAGUAGAGAACAUGAGCUCUGGCACAGCUGAUGCCCUGGGUCUGAGCCGAGCCAUUCUGUGUAAUGAUGGUCUCGUGAAGAAAUUGGAGGAACUGGAGAGGACAGCAGAACUGUACAAAGGAUUGAUGGAACACACAAAGAGGUUACUAAGAGCAUUCUUUGAGCUGUCACAGACACACCGAGGGUUCGGGGAUGUGUUUUCUGUUAUUGGGGUCAGGGAGCCACAACCUGCUGCUAGCGAGGCUUUCGUCAAAUUUGCAGAAGCUCAUCGCAGCAUUGAGAAGUUUGGUAUUCGACUUCUGAAAACAGUGAAACCAAUGCUGAGUGACCUGAACACUUACCUCAACAAAGCCAUUCCUGACACCAAACUCACCAUCAAAAAAUACCUCGAUGUUAAGUUUGAAUAUUUGUCAUAUUGCUUGAAGGUGAAAGAGAUGGAUGAUGAAGAAUACAGCUGCAUAGCUCUGCAGGAACCUCUGUACCGAGUUGGCACUGGAAACUAUGAAUACCGUUUGAUCCUCCGCUGUCGGCAGGAGGCCCGAGCACGUUUCGCCAAAAUGAGGAAGGAUGUUCUGGAGAAAAUCGAACUUUUGGACCAAAAACAUGUUCAGGACAUCGUGUUCCAGCUCCAACGCUUUGUUUCUGCUCUGUCCAAGUACUACAAUGAAUGUUACGCUGUCUUAAAAGAUGCUGACGUGUUUCCCAUUGAGGUGGAUUUGACGAAAACAAUGUUGAACUACAGUCCAAAGGAUAUUUACACAGACGCAGAGGAAGAGGAGGAGAAGGAGAAUGAGGAAAAUGGAGAGAAACUAUUUGAUGAAUAGAACUUAUUUUCCUGUCUGGACAGAAAAUUGAAUCCCUUUACACAAUCAAAUCUGAAAUAUGCUGUUUAUAGUUUGAAUGAUGAACUGUUUUAUUUAUGUCUCGAAUGGAUGUGACCAUUAAUCCUCAUCAGAUCCUUGACUAAAUACAAAUACUUUAUGGGCAUGCACUUUAUUUACACCUAAACUUGUUUUAGUGUGUCCCGUUCAGUGUGUCCUUUGUUUGAGCCUCUAGGAGUAGCAUGUGAGGUUCUGUGCUUCUACAAAGCGAACAGUGCUGACAGCUGUUUGUUUCAUAUUAACCUAAUCACCAAGGGACUUGAGUUUUUGAUUCAGACAUUCCGUUCCUCCCCUCCUCAACAAAUAUCAUCAGUCAUUUAGUCCUGAGACUUUAUUUAUUCACUUGUGGGACAUGAGUAUGUCUGGCUAGCCAGUACUUAUUGGCCAUCCUGAGAUUCCCCUUUAAGGUUGUGGUGACCUGCUUUAUUGAAGAGCAGUCCACGUGCAGUAAGUGGACUCUGAAUGCCUUUAGAGAGGAAAUUCCAGGAUUUUGACCCAGCAAUGUUUUUCCAAGUCAGGAUGGUGAGUGGCUUGGAGGGGAGCUUGCAGAGGAUGGUGUUCCAAUGUAUCUGUUGUCUUUGCCCUUCGAGAUGGAAUUGAUUGUGGGUUUGGAAAGUGCUGUCUAAGUUUAUCUUUGGUCAAUUUCUGCUGUUCGUCUUGUAGAUACAGUGCUGCUACUGAGCAUCGGUGGUGGAUGCCUGUGAAUGUGCUGCCAAUCAAGUGGGCAGCUUUGUUCUCAUAUUUGUCCUUGUCUUUUAAACCAGAGUUAAAAGUACCUGAUGAUAGGUGUUUGUGUCACAGCCCUAAAAUUCUUUAUUUUGCCAUGAAAGAGUGAGGAUCAUACACGUGAUUUUUUUUCAGGUUGGCAGACAACAAGGUCAGCGUUGGGACCUCGGCAAUUGGCCGACUGAAGUAUCCAAAUUCACUAAUGUUCCAGAGCUAGGUUUAAAAAAUAAUCCAGUUGUGAAGAGAGUGCAGCAAACCAGGAAAGGGAUAGUGUGGGGCUGAGAUGGGCUAAAUGUCGUCCUAACUUGUUGCUAUGACUCUCUAAGUGAGUGGUGUAGAUGGUGGCAGCAAUUUUUUUUUCAAAUGAUGAGAAGCUGUUCCAGCCAUUGCUCAGAGUGAGAAGUUCAGAAAGGCAAAUGGUAUAAUGGUUUUUUGUAUAAGAGCUUUGGAGUAAGAAUAAGAAAGGAUUGCACAGGUGGAGAGGGCUCUGAUGGGAGCACACUUGGAGAUAUCCAUUUACUUGUGUAUUUUGACCUGUGUGUUAGCUGUUGAAGGCCAGGAUCUUACAGAAUGGCCUAUUUCUGAUCCUAUUUGCUACAUUCUUGUCAUUUCAAUUUAACACCUUUUUUGAGCAGCAGUGACGUGUAUGAUUUUCUGAUUAAGAAGAAUUGUUUCUGAAUCAAGAGCACUUGAAAGGUCAUAAGGCAUCUAUAGCUUUAAAAAGCUUGCAUCUAUACCAUCUGGGAAUUUUCAACCCUUAUUUUCUUCAUUAAUAAAUAGUUGAUAGGACAGAACUUGGAGUCAUUGAAAAUGGACAGAUUUUGAGACUUUCCUUGCACUCAUCAGGAUGUUUUGCAAUGAUCCCAAUUCAAGAAGAAAGCCAACAUUUUUAUUACAAUGAAGGUAAGUGCUGAUUCAUUAGCAGAUGGACUUUGGUCAAGAUGUUGCCGUGGAGAAUGCAACUUUUAAUGUUGAUUGACAGUUAACUGCUAGGAAGUUGUGUGAGAGGUAUUUAUGCUGGCAACCAAUUUAGGAUUGUCUGUUGGAUUGACAAUGUAGUACACUUGAGUAUACAGGAAGAUACAAAUUUAUUACACGUGGCCCUGUUCUUUGCUGACAGCAAGGCAUGAAUGCACUGCGUCUGUUUCAACUAAACAAGAUAGAUGUCAGCCAUUCACUGGUUCUUUUUUCAGGGCAAUGUGCUGACUGAUCACAAUUAACCUGCCUAUUUUAAAAUUUAAACAAAGCCUGACUGUUAACUGACAAUCGGUAUUAAUGGGCGUAUUCUCCAUAGCAACAUCUCUAACACUGAGUCCACUUGCCAAUCAGUCAGCAUUUGCCUCACUCACUCGCAAUGUCAGUGCUGGUUUUCCUGUUUAAUUGGCAUCCUUGCACUCAUCAAAACAUUUUGCAAGAUGACGACAAGCUUUGACGGAAUGUGCCUUUUUCAACAAUACUCUGGUUCUACAACAGUGAUAAUUUGCUGAUACACGUUAUAAUGAGCCCUUGUCUCUGAUUCAGUCGCAUUGUUGCUUGUGAUGGUCUGUCAUGGUACCCACGUGCUUGACUGCAAACUGAUCACAAGUCAUCAUUGGUUUCAUUGCCAGUACCACAACUGAUAGGUUUUAAGGAUUGUCCUUGACCACCCUCUUUUAUUUCUUGGGCUUGAUAACCCUUGCACAUUUCUUUUCAUGUUUCUUCCUUCUGUAUCUCUCUUGUCAACGUUCCCAGUGAGCUGUGGGGUUGAGUUGCACGGUAACCUGAAUAGACCACGUGGCUCUUUAUACUCUUACAGGAUCGCGCACUGAGGAAAAACUCGUUUACAACUACAGGACCUCGGGCUUUUACUGUCAGUUUUGCCACAAUCACUUUAUUUGGGUCUGUGCUGUUUCACUCUUUUUUUUCCUGUUCUUCACCUCUUGUUAGUUUCAUGUUGGUCCUUUUUACCUCUUUAAUUACCCAGAGCUGUUUUAUUUUUGUGUUAAGUAGAAUUCUUGCCUCUUUGGGGUAUAAACGGGUUUGUUAAAACAUUAAAUCGUUUACUGAA